CGUGGCGCCGCUGGAGGAGAAGGCGCGUUGUGGACAGGUCGCUGCGUGGGUCAGAGGUGCGGACCCGCGUCGCCGCGGCGCGGGCGUCAUGUCAGACAACGAGGACAAUUUUGAUGGUGACGACUUUGAUGAUGUGGAGGAGGAUGAAGGGCUAGAUGACUUGGAGAAGGCCGAGGAGGAGGGCCAGGAGAACGUUGAGAUCCUCCCCUCUGGAGAGCGACCGCAGGCCAACCAGAAGCGAAUCACCACCCCAUACAUGACCAAGUAUGAGCGAGCCCGCGUGCUGGGCACCCGAGCCCUCCAGAUCGCGAUGUGUGCCCCCGUGAUGGUGGAGCUGGAGGGGGAGACAGAUCCUUUGCUCAUCGCCAUGAAAGAGCUCAAGGCCCGAAAGAUCCCCAUCAUCAUUCGCCGCUACCUGCCAGACGGGAGCUAUGAAGACUGGGGGGUAGACGAGCUCAUCAUCACCGACUGAGCUGGGAUCAUCUUCCUGACUGCGCCUCAUCCCCAGUUUCUGUUCUCACAUUCUUCAUGCAUGUAAAUAAACUAGUCAACCUUUCACCCCG